UUAGCCAAAAAUUUGGCCCAAAAAAAGGUCUUCCUCCUCCUGUCUUUCUUGUAUUGUAUUGUAUGUCGUCUACUCAUAGUCCCGUUAUUACAAAUAUAUGAUAUUAUACAUACCUUAAACCCUAACAGCUCCCAGAAGACAGAAGCUGCCAAAACCCUAAUUUUAAGAUGGCUUCUAAUAAGAGCAAAGGAGCGAAAUCAAAGAACCAACCUCCAAAAAAGAAGCAAAGGAAUGAUCUUUUCAUUGAUAAAAAGCGACCCGCCAAAAAAGAUGAGGUUUUGGAUGAUGUCUCUGAUGGCCACAGCGAAGAAGAAGAAGAAGCUGGAGACUUAUUGGAUGGAGAUGAACAAAUGUCUGAUUUUGAUGAUGAUGAUGUCUCUGAAAUUUCAGAUGAGGAUGAUGCUCCCUGGGCUGAUGAUUUCCUUCAAGGAAGUGAUGAUAAUGAAGAUACCCAUUUUGACAGUGGUUCAAGUUCCACUUCAGGUUCAGGUUCCGAUUCCCAUUCAGAUGAAACAGAUAUAGAGGAGAAGUCCAGGGCUAUCGAUGAACAACGUGCGAGGGAAGAAGAAGAUGCACAAGCUGAGAUGGAGCUGAACAUUAAAGAAGAGUCUGAUGAGUUCAGACUGCCAACAAAAGAGGAACUUGAAGCAGAGCAACAACGUCCGCCUGAUCUUGCAAAUCUUCAGAUGAGAAUGAAAGAGAUUGUUCGAGUGCUCUCAAAUUUUAAGCAUAUGAGGCAAGAAGGAACGACAAGGAAGGAUUAUAUUGACCAACUUAAAAUUGAUUUGGGUUCUUACUAUGGCUACAAUGAAUUCCUGAUCAGGGUUUUGGUUGAUAUGUUUCCGGUUGUUGAACUCAUGGAACUUAUUGAAGCUUUUGAAAAGCCUCGACCUACAUGUAUCCGGACGAACACUUUAAGGACUCGCAGAAGGGAUCUGGCCGACGUUCUUUCCAAAAGAGGAGUAGAACUGGAUCAAUUAAGCAAGUGGUCAAAAGUUGGAUUGGUGGUGUAUAAUUCGCAUGUGCCCAUUGGUGCCACUCCGGAGUAUUUGGCUGGCUUUUACUAUAUACAAGGUGCAAGCUCCUUUUUGCCUGUUAUGGCUCUUGCUCCUCAGGAGAAGGAACGGGUAGUUGAUAUGGCAGCUGCACCUGGUGGUAAAACGACUUAUGUUGCUGCGCUCAUGAAAAAUAGUGGAAUAAUUUAUGCAAAUGAAAUUAGGGAAGCAAGACUGAAGUCACUUACUGCAAAUUUGCAUCGCAUGGGUGUAACAAACACAAUAGUUUGUAAUUAUGAUGGGAGGGAGCUUCCCAAGGUUUUGGGUCAGAAUUCAGUCGAUAGAGUGUUGUUGGAUGCUCCUUGUAGUGGUACCGGGGUUAUAACUAAAGAUCCAUCGGUUAAGACCUCUAAAAGUUUGGAUGAUAUACAAAAAUGUGCCCAUUUGCAGAAGCAACUGAUACUUGCUGCAAUUGAUAUGGUUGAUGCAAAUUCCAAAUCUGGCGGAUACAUUGUUUACUCGACAUGCUCGAUAAUGGUUCCAGAGAACGAAGCAGUCAGCGACUAUGCACUCAAGAAGAGAGAUGUCAAAGUAGUACCGUGUGGACUUGACUUUGGAAGUCCUGGAUAUAUCCGGUUUAGGGAGCAUCGGUUUCACACCUCCUUAGAAAACACAAGGCGGUUUUAUCCUCAUGUCCACAAUAUGGAUGGAUUUUUUGUGGCCAAGUUGAAGAAAAUGAGCAACGCGAAGAAGAAUCCCGUAAAUUCUGAAGAUCUAGAAACCGUUGUGCAAACUCAGAGACCGGAGAAUACCCCUAUAGAUAAGGACAACACAGAAGAGCUUAAACAAAACUUGAAGAAACAAGGCAAUAAAGGGAAAAUGUAGAGCUUAAAGAAGAAUGUUUUAUCCAGAAAUGGAAAGGUAGAAUCACCUCCAACAUCAAAAACGAAGAAAAGAACUGAAACUGGAAAGGUAGAGUCGCCUUUGUCAUCGAAAAAGAGGAAAAGAAGAUUUCCCUCAAAAGAAGAAAUAUCUGAAGCAAGGGAAGGUAAAAGAAAGGCAAUGAGGGAAAAAAGGAAGCAAGGAAGGAAAGAGUAAGAAUUUGGGCACAUAAAGCAGUGAUAAUUGCUAAUUUAUGAGACAUAAGUGGAAUAUAGUCUGUAAAAUUAUAUAUAUUAAAUUACAUUAUUUUUCUCAACUUCUCUUCAAUACAUAUGUUGUUUUGAUUUUAUGUUUCA